AUGGAGCAGAUUAACAAACCUGAACAGAUAUGGACUGAGAAGGUCGACGCUGAGGAGUCUGCCACGAUGCAGAACAUAAAUGAGGGCCAAAACGAAAAGGAGGUGAAAAAGUAUAUGCGUCGACUGGACAGAAUCAUCCUUCCGGCAAUUUCUAUCCUCUACUUCUUCGAAUAUCUUGACCGCGGGAACAUAGCUAACGCUAAACUGCUAGGCCUCGACAAAGGUCACGAUACAGCAAAUGAAGGAGUAGGCCCAGGAAGGUCCACACUCUCUUCUAUUCAAUGGCAGACAGUCAUCAUGAUAUUCUAUGUAGGCCUUGUGCUAUGUCAGGUCCCAGGUAGCAUCGGAUACAGGAUCUUUCCACCAUCAAAGUGGAUCGCUUUUGGCGUGUGCGGCUGGGCUGUUUGCUCUGUUCUCCAAGUCACAGCCCAGGGUUACGUCUCUCUUCUUGUCUGCCGUAUCUUCCUUGGUGCUUUCGAAGGGUUAUUUGGCACUGGCAUCGUCUACUAUCUCUCACUCUGGUACCAUCGAAACGAGAUGGGCCUACGAAUAUUCUGGUUCCUCGGACCGACGUCAAUUGCAGGGGCUUUCGGAGGUCUGAUUGCGUACGGAGUGGGACACAUCAAAGCUCGAGUUCCAAAUUGGAAGCUACUUUUCAUUAUCGAGGGUAUUCCAUGCUUUCUUCUAGGGCUCUUCAUGCUGUAUUGGCUCCCUGAUCGCCCUACCAAAAAUAGCCGGUUCAAGGGCAGACAGGCGAAAAUUGCUAUCGAGAGGUAUGAGAUGGAGUUCGCUGAUUCAGGGACGGGUAUAAGAAAGAAACAUUUCGUGAUGGCACUGGGGGAUUGGAAACUUUACGCUCAAGCUGCCAUAUACCUUCCAAUCGCCUCCCUCAUCUCCUCCAUAUCCGGUUUCCUCCCGACAAUCAUCGAGGAUCUUGGCUACUCCACACCCACAUCAGCAAAUCUCAUGACCGUCCCCCCCUAUGCAAUCGCUUUCUUCGUCAUGUUUACCACUUCCUAUACCUCCGAUUACUACCGCGAACGCGGCCUGCACCUCGCCGUCCUCGCCAUGGUCGCCGCCGUGAUGUACGCUCUCCUUGCUGCCCUUCCUACCUCUGCUCUGCGUGCAAAAUAUGCAUGCGUAUGUCUCGUCGUACCAUCCGUCUACGCGCUCUACCCUCCUUCCCACGCCUGGGUUGCGAAUAAUUUGGGCAACGAGUCGAAGCGAGCGAUCGGCCUGGGUGCGUAUACUGCUAUGGGUAAUAUUGGGAGCAUUGCUGGCACAUUCUUCUAUCCAAGGGUCGAGGCGCCUGAGUAUAUAAAGGGGCACUGGGUGGCGUGUGCAAUGGCGGCGUGUGUGGUUCUGCAGGUACUAGUGCAUAAGUGGUGGUUGACCAGAGAGAAUAAGAGGAGGGAGAGCAUGGAAGGGCCUGUUGAGAAAGGGAAUAUUGACGUGACGGAGAUGGCAGACGAAGCAGUCGGGUUUCGGUACAUCACGUAG